AUGACUGUUGUGUCUCAGGAGAAUCACGACGACACUGUGGUCGUCACUCCUGUGUUGCAAGAUGCAGUGGGUUUGGAGGCAGCAGACCAAGAGUGCAGUGAGAGAGUGGUCAUUAACAUCUCAGGCCUGCGUUUUGAGACACAACUGAAGACACUCUCUCGGUUCCCCGCAACACUUCUGGGAAACCCAAGUAAAAGGAUUCGUUUCUUUGAUCCACUUAGAAACGAGUAUUUUUUUGAUCGGAACAGACCGAGCUUUGAUGCCAUACUCUAUUAUUAUCAAUCAGGAGGUAGAUUACGGCGGCCUGUCAGUGUUCCAGUGGACAUUUUCUUAGAAGAAAUAAAGUUCUAUGAACUUGAGCAAGAGGCAAUAGAGAUGUUUUGUGACGAUGAGGGCCUGGCUAAAGAAGAAGAGCGGCCAUUGCCUACCAAUGAGUUCCAGAAGCAAUUAUGGCUUUUGUUUGAAUAUCCGGAGAGUUCAGGACCCGCACGGAUAAUAGCUAUUGUGUCUGUUAUGGUUAUUCUUAUUUCUAUUGUUAUAUUUUGCCUGGAGACUUUACCUGAGUUCAGAGAAGUCCCAGUGUUGCCAGAGAACGCCAAUGGCAGUGCGCAGGGCAAAGUGCUAAAUCCCUUCACAGACCCAUUUUUCAUGGUUGAGACACUUUGUAUAGUGUGGUUCUCAUUUGAAUUCACUAUGAGAUUUCUCUCAUGUCCCAGUAAAGCAGCUUUUUUCAAAAACAUCAUGAACUUGAUUGAUGUAGUUGCUAUAGCACCCUACUUUAUUACACUGGGACUUGAUUUGGCGGAGCACCAAGGCAGUAGUCAGCAAGCAGCAUCCUUGGCCAUCCUAAGGGUUAUCCGUUUGGUGCGUGUCUUCAGGAUUUUUAAACUCUCAAGACACUCCAAAGGUCUCCAGAUCCUUGGGCAAACUCUUCAUGCAAGUUUGCGUGAGCUGGGCCUGUUGAUUUUCUUUCUGCUUAUAGGAGUGGUCUUAUUCUCCAGUUCGGUUUACUUUGCAGAGGUGGAGGACCCGAAGUCAGGAUUUUCCAGUAUACCUGAUGCAUUUUGGUGGGCUGUUGUGACUAUGACAACAGUGGGCUAUGGGGACAUGUGCCCAUCCACUAUUGGGGGUAAAUUUGUGGGCUCUUUAUGCGCCAUAGCGGGAGUCCUAACAAUAGCUCUGCCUGUCCCGGUAAUAGUGUCUAACUUCAAUUAUUUUUAUCAUCGAGAAAACGAAGAGGAAGAAAACGUCCAGUAUGUGCAUGUGACAUGUGGGCAACAAGAGCAGCCAUCGUUUGUCGAUAGUGACUCUAAUAAAAGCACACUGUCGCUUUCGAAGUCAGAGUCCUACCACAGUGAAGGAGACCUAGAGACAUUGACGUAUGCAGAUUCCACCCCACCAGAGACCUACACAGGGAAAUUGACUGUUGUUUGAGUAACACUUUAAUGUGAUGUAGGUCUACGUGAAGGCAGUGGAGCGCAGUUUUUACAGCAAAUAUUACCUCAACACUACCACUUGCUAUCCUUAUUUAUUAAAACGGGCUUAUUGUGGAGCCCCAUUUAAUAAGGAACGUUUCAAUCAAAUACCUCGUAGACUUGGGUGCAAAAGGUUUGGGUUCUUGAUACGCUAGU